AUGUUUACAUCUUUUUUAAUAGUUUUAAAUUUUUUUAGCAAUUUUUCAAUGUUGUUAUAUAAUGCUUUUCAAUAUUUUGGUGCCUUAUCAUUUCACAAUGAAAUAUUAUUAAUAUUUGUUUUAGUUUUUUUUUCUGCUGCUGGCGUCGUGCUUUCCGAAGUCUGUAGAGUUGUAAAUUUUUAUUUUUCGAGUGGUGGCUCUGUUUUUGUGGAACGCCGUAUAUCUGUUUAUUUGUCUACACAUGUUGUGAUAGCUGUCUGUGAUCGUAAUGCUUUGUUACAGAAUGCUAUAUUUUAUUAUAUGUACGAGAAGUUCCUUGUGUCACCUGUUGGCUCAUCGUGUUGGCGUAACAUGUCGUCUGUUAUCUUGCUAAUUGAUCCGAUGCGUAGUGCGUAUGAGGAGAGUUAUGAUUCUCCUUUUCGUGUGGAUGAUGAUGAUUCUGAUGACGCUGGGCGGUGGGAAAGUGUGAACUGGAGGUGUCAAAAGCAACUUCGCCGUUUUUUUAUUAUUAGGGUCCCCACGGAUGGAUGUUGGUUGCCUGUGGGAAAUGAUGGUGUGGAGCUGACGUAUGAGAGGAAACGGGAGACAGUGGAUGGCUCUGAGGGUGUUGUUCGGACUAUUGUGUUACGGGCGAAAGGUGCCACAGAUGCGGCAACUAGGAUUGACAAAUUUGUUGAAACCGCCUUAGAUUAUUACAUAAUGAAUUUGCCUGAUGUAAUGAACGAAGGAAAAGUAUUUCUUGAGCUUCAGGCACCUUCUUCGUGUCGUGACGAGGGCGGCCUGUUAUUCAAACGGUACCCCCUUGGUUGUGGAAAAACGUUUGAUACUCUUUUUUUUCCUGAGAAAUCACGCGUCCUUAAGUUGCUUGACGACUUCAUGGGGAAAGGGGGAAGAUUUUCGACAGAGGGUUUUCCUCAGAAGUUGGGGUUUCUACUCUAUGGACCGCCUGGUACUGGCAAAACGUCGUUUGUGGGAGCCCUUGCCGAGUAUACGCGUCGUCAUGUUAUAUCUAUUCAUCUUCCCUUCUUGAAGUCGAAUCACUCGCUCUAUGACGUUUUCUUAAAUCCCACGUUUCGUUGCAUCGGCGAGUCUGACCCUACUUCUUUGGCUGUCGAGGAUGUCAUUUUCCUCCUUGAUGACGUGGAUGCCUCUUCCCCACUUGUGCGUGCUCGUGUGCGUUCUGGACGGACCAUUUGUAGGCGGCACCACGCCACGUUGGUAUCGGACGGUUCUGUUGCUGAUGACUUUGUGGGUGUUGAAUCGCCGGUUCUCGAUUCCGAGGUGGAUGAGGAGGAGGGUGAGCAUGGUGGGUUAGCCCCUGAACCGGAAAACCCAGUGGAUCUUGUAAACCAGUUGUUGAAAGCUACGUUCGGAAAACGAUAUACAGGAAAAGUAGGGACAACGAGGGGCGGCGCCGAGAAUGAAACAUCACUGUUAAAGUGGCUUCGGCCAUCGGAUGAGCUCAACUUAUCCGGUUUGUUGAACGUACUGGACGGCGCCGUGGACACACCAGGGCGUAUCGUCGUGAUGAUCACAAAUUUCCCAGAAAGACUUGACCCUGCGCUGGUGCGACCAGGCCGGUUCGGCACGAAGUUGCGUAUGGAUUACUUGCAACUGCCAGCUCUUUUGGAUAUGCUCGGUCUACACUUUGGCGCUGUGCUCCGUGAGAGCGGCGAAAGCGGGACAGAUGAGAGUAGUGAUGGUAAUGAUAACGCCGGCGGGGGAGUCAGCCAGCCACUUCGUGCAAUUCGAACGUUUGAGAGAGGGGAGGCAGACAGCGUAAACACCUCAGCACCCCCAAAGCUCAGUGCUUACGAUGUGGCGCGCGUGCGUGAUGUUGUUGCAGCGCUCAACGACAGUCGAAAGGGUCGGGAAGGCGAAGACGUUUCAGGUCUCAUGAUAUCUCCUGCCGAGGUGGAAUCAAUGUGCGCGGUUUCAACGACACUUGAUGAGUUUCUUUUGCGCUUCUCGAGUCGGUUUGGUGCGCCACAGGCUUCUGCCAACGUGCAGUGA